CAAAGCCAUAGGCCAGACACAGGAGGCCUCUGCUUUCCUGCCUCAGUUUCCUAUCUGUGUGCAUUUGGGCACCUCACACCUAGCUGUGCACAGGCUGGGUCCUUGGAAGGCCAGGGUCCCUCCAGUGACUGAGGGACAGAACAUGAAGCCCUGAGGGGUGACAGCCAGUCCUGCCCGCCAGCCUGGGGCGGGGCCAGAGGCCGAUCUCAGAGAUCCCCACCCACUGGUUUCCUCCGGGGUCAGCCCGACUCCUUAUCAGUCUCGGCCAGGCGGCCAGGCCCUUAUCUGCGCUGGCCCAGCAUCCUCCAGCCACUGCGCCAGGGGUAAGAGGGAGGAAACUGGCCACCGGGGGCGGGGAGAGGGCGAGCCAGCCCCGGAGCCGCUCACUUUUCCUCUAGGGACCCAUGCUGCUGCCAUCACCGAGGCCCCAAGGCCCUUGGGAGCCCAGGAAGAGGUGAAGCCCAGACAGGGUGGCCAACUGCCUGGGGCACAGCGUGAAGAGGCUGGAGGAAGCAGGGCUGUGGAGCCCAGCCUGAAGCAGGACCACAUCCUUGUCUGACCGACAGAGCCAGGGCACUCAGCAGGCAGCACAACCAGCACCGGGGUGAGCACCCCAUUGGGGUCCAUGUGCCCGCCCGAGGCCCAGGCAGAGGUGGGCCCCGCCAUGACUGAGAAGGCUGAGAUGGUGUGUGCCCCCAGCCCGGUGCCUGCCCCGCUCCCCAAGCCUGCCUCGCCUGGGCCUUUGAAGGUGGAAGAAGUGGGCCAUGGAGGCACCUCCUCCCCCAGGCUUCCCCCUGGUGUCCCAGUGAUCAGCCUGGGCCACACUAGGCCUCCAGGGGCAGCUAUGGCCACCACAGAGCUGAGUGCCUUGCGGCCCCCGCUGCUACAAUUCUCCACCCUGGGAAGUGCCCCAACCCAUCUGGCCCUGCACUACCAUCCUCACCCCUUCCUCAACAGCCUCUACAUUGGGCCGGCAGGACCUUUUAGCAUCUUCCCUAGCAGCCGGCUGAAGCGGAGACCAAGCCACUGUGAGCUGGAGCUGGCUGAAGGGCAACAGCCCCAGAAGGUGGCCCGGCGCGUGUUCACCAACAGCCGAGAACGCUGGCGGCAGCAGAACGUGAACGGCGCCUUCGCUGAGCUUAGAAAGCUGCUGCCCACGCACCCGCCCGACCGGAAGCUGAGCAAGAAUGAGGUGCUCCGCCUGGCCAUGAAGUACAUCGGCUUCCUGGUGCGGCUGCUGCGAGAUCAGGCGGCUGCUCUGGCAGCAGGCCCCGCCCCGCCGGGGCCCCGCAAACGGCUGGCUCACAGAGGUCCGGACGACGGUGUCCGCCGUAGGCUCUGUCGCCGGGCCGAGGCGGUGACACGUCUGCAGCCCGCACCCCCGGCCUGCUCCAAUGACAGCCCUAGCGGGGCGGUCCGCCCCAUCAAGACGGAACAAGCGGCUGUGAGCCCAGAGGUGCGGUGACCCCGAGGCGUAGCCUCUGAGCCAAAGUGCACUGGGAACUCAGCCCUGGGCCGUCGAGGAAUGGGAGGACCACGCACUGCGCUUACCCUGGAGCGAAGUUCCUCGCAGAGGGACCAGUGAGGGCGUACCCAACAGGGGAAGGGGCCGGGGGUCUGGAAGGGCGACCAUCACCCCCAGGGGCCCUGCAGACCUUUUUAUCACCCACCGCCUGCUGGAAGUGGCCUUGCCAGCACCCUCCUCCCAGAGGUGAGGUCCAGGAACCAACAAGGCAGAGUGGUCAUCGGACCCAAGUGGUGCCUCAUUUUUGCAGACUGGGGGCUCACUGAGAGGUGGGGAGGAGCCAGGGAGCCUUCUCUUCUCGCCGGCGCCCCCUCCCGGGAACUCAGGGAUACAAGCGCCUCGACGGCGUCGGCAGCGAGCCUGGAGCGCAGAGUCCGCGCGGCGCCCCACCCCACCUAGCCCAACUGGGCCCUGCACAAUCGUGUUAGCGAAGGCUCA